UUGCCGAGGCACUUUAACUUCAACUACCUGCGUCAGUUGAAUAGUGGUUUGCGUUUGGUCGCCCGUUACAAUCGGAAACACUUCAUAAGUAUCUUUUUUGUUUUUCUCCGAGGACAAAAAUGACACGACUGAAGAUAUUGUAUAUCCUCGGGGCGCUGCUGGUAGCACACAGCGCUGCCAUUAUAAGAAUUCCCCUUCAUAAAACGAGAAGCCUACGCCGCCUGAUGAGCGAUAAUGGGAUGUCUGUGGAGCAACUUCGGGCUUUGGCGAAGACUAGUGGCGCACCAGACAGCUCUCCCUCCCCCAGCGUGCCUGUAGAGAGACUUACCAACUUCAUGGAUGCUCAGUACUAUGGAGCGAUCAGUAUUGGCACCCCACCACAGAACUUCACCGUGCUGUUUGACACUGGCUCCUCCAACCUCUGGGUCCCUUCCAUUCACUGCUCCUUCUUCGAUGUGGCCUGCUGGGUUCAUCAUCGUUACAACUCAAAGAAGUCAAGCACAUAUGUUCAGAAUGGCACAAAGUUCUCCAUCCAGUAUGGCAGAGGCAGCUUGUCUGGCUUCAUCAGCGAAGACACUGUCUCUGUGGCCAGCCUGCCUGUGCCUAGCCAGCAGUUUGCUGAAGCGGUGAAGCAACCUGGCAUCACAUUCGCCGUUGCUCGGUUCGAUGGGGUCUUGGGUAUGGCCUACCCCUCUAUAUCAGUAGCUAAUGUCACACCAGUUUUUGACAUGGCCAUGGCUGCCAAGCUGCUGCCCCAGAACAUCUUCUCUUUCUACAUAAGCAGAGACCCGAAAGCAGCUGUAGGAGGGGAGCUGAUGCUGGGUGGGACAGAUACCCAGUACUACACUGGAGACCUGCACUAUGUCAAUGUUACACGCAAGGCCUACUGGCAGAUUAAGAUGGACGGACUUACAGUUGGCAACCAGCUAACUCUCUGCAAAGCAGGUUGCCAGGCGAUCGUUGACACAGGAACGUCUCUAAUUGUGGGUCCUAAGGAGGAAGUCAGAGCGCUGCAGAAAGCCAUCGGAGCUCUGCCCCUGCUGAUGGGAGAGUACAUGAUUGACUGUAAGAAGAUCCCAUCUCUCCCUGUCAUCUCCUUCAACAUUGGAGGGAAGAUGCUUAACCUGACCGGAGAGGAUUAUGUGAUGAAGGAGUCUCAGAUGGGUGUAUCCAUCUGUCUGUCAGGCUUCAUGGCCAUGGAUAUCCCGCCUCCUGCAGGACCCCUGUGGAUCCUGGGAGACGUAUUCAUUGGCAAAUACUAUACUGUGUUUGAUAGGAACGCCGACCGUGUGGGGUUUGCCCCUUCCAAGUAGUCACUGAAGACUGUUUGUAUGAUAUUGGUUGCACUUCUUGACUUUUAAAGAUCAUUCCACGCAAAGCAAAUCUUUUGAUAAUGUUGCAUUAUUUGAUUUGCUGCAGUGAAAUACAUCUUACGGUUAUUAUAGGUUACUGCACGGUCUGGAUUUCAACCUUCAUCUCUCAUAUCUGUUGACAAUAUACAUGAGAAACUGGUUCACUGGAAAGUUUCUCAAGUAUAAUUUCUACAUUUAAUAGUCUUUAUCAAACAUUGAGAAAGUCAUGCAAAUGUGCUCUGCCACUGAACAAAGGGACAGCUUCAGUUUUUUGCACUUCUGUGAAGCUGCUUAUGAUUUUUGAGCUUUAAAAUUACGUUUUAUAUGGUAGUAUACAAUCAGAACUAUGCAUUUAUCUAGUUAUAGACCCAAUAAUGUUUGUAAUUGUGUGACUUUUGGGGAACAAAUGCAUUUUGAUUGUAACCUUUCACUUCUAGCAUCUGGACCACAUUUCAAGUUUCUAAUAUAUAUUAAUAUCAUUAGAGCUACAUUUACACUUUACAUUGAUCUCAGGAUGUUUCUUUUUAACAUGGCAAUGUUAUCUGAUAAAAUAAAGAUUUUGAUUGUCAAAUGGUAGAAAGACUGAUGGGUUUACUGAAGUGUAAUCUGCCUCGGAGUGUGAAAUCAGAAAUGUGAGAUUUAUUGGAUGUUUUGUUUUUUCUUUCAAGUAAGCAAAGAUAACCAUACAGAAAGUAAUUUCAAACAUUUAAUGAAGUAUACAAAGUGCUGCAGCGUUCAGCUCCAGAGCCAAACUUUAAAAAAGAAGAAAAGAAAAAAAAGCUUGGGGGCAAAAUACACAGCAUGCAACACAGCAUAUGGCUAGUAUGAACUCCACAAGGUAGAGGUAGUGAUCUACUUUGGGUUUUGUUUUACAAUAACAUUACAAAUGUGGCACAGUGACUCCCCUCACUUCACACAGCAGUCAUUUGUAGCAUUACCUAGGUCUGCAAAGGAAGACUAUUAAGACUCACUGCGGAUUAAUUUUCUACCUGUACAUCCAGAACAAAGCACUUAAUGAAGCACAACAAGUGGUACAUUACAUGUUGAAUCAUUGCAAAUAAAUAAUCUCUUUGGUUACAAAUGUACAAUAAAUACAAAAAUAUUACCUGUU